UUGACCAACGUUAUGUCAGGAGAGUCUGCUAUGUAUUUCACAUGUUGGGGAGUGUAUCAGUUUAUGUAGAAUAUGCACCCGUCGAGACUUACCAAGGUUAUGUUAGGGGAACCUUUUACGUAUUUGAUGCCUUGUGGACCGGUCAGUUCAUGUAGAAUAUGCACCCCUCUGGAUUGAUCAAGGUUAAAGGGGCCGUAAACAGGUAUGCAAGGUGCGCAUUUCUCUGAGUCAUAUUAUUCAAACUUGUACAGUGAAAGCUCCUUGUAAUUACUAGCGCUCAAAUUCAAAAGGCACUUGAAUACGGAUGAAAUAUUCACUGCACUCUUUCGCUUGUUAGCUCCGCCCUGUGCUCUAACUUUACGUCAUUUUGACGUAGCACUUUUCUCACCAAUUACAAUCAAGAAAUCAACGUAUUAUUUUAUUUUGCUUGCGGAAAUUGAUUAGAUGAUCGUGAGUCUUAUUCCAUUCAAAGUCUGACCAGUUACAGACUCAAACUGGAAAAGAAAUGCGUUCAAUUUGGAUAUCACACGCGCACUACGUUUUCCGCGCAACAGCACGCAGCACAGCGCGAGCCGACGCCACAGUUGCGGAAUCUCACGUGCGCGUUGUGGAGUUGUGAGUUCUAGUUUGCUUUCGCUUCAUGCUCGUUCUGCUCUAAGUUCCUCUGUGGUGUCUUGUUUUGUUUGUUUUCGUGUAAAUAUAUAAAUUUCAAAGUUAAUUGUAAGUAAUACUUGUAUAUAGCUGUUUUUCUGUAGUUAGCAUUUGCGAAAUAUGCCUCCAGUGUGCAUAGUCGCAACGUGCCCCCACCGACGCGUAAAGAAUCAACCGCCGAAGCUGAGAUUUCACCGUGUGCCGAAUGACGAACCUCGUAGGUCGUCAUGGUUAGAACUUACUGGACAGCAGAAUGUGUCUGUGGAGAACCUGCCAAAGACAAUGUUUGUAUGCGAGGACCACUUCGAUGCGAAAGCGUACCGCAUGGCCAUAAUGGGACCUGUCAGCAAAAAACUUCGCGAUGAUGCUGUCCCAUCACUACAACUGCCCAAGGAUGCCGACGACGGUCCAUCGAAACGCCGUGUUGUUUUGGCCCCAAAACAAGUGCAACUCAGCCAACAUUCACCACUGUUGCGGCAUCCACCCGUGUGUUCUCUGCAAACACCUCCUCAAAUGCCAGCAAGUCCAGUGCUGCAAGAGAACGCCAUCCCAUCAUCACCACGCAUGUUUGUGGUGGUCCCACGUAAAUUGGAGUAUCGUUCACCUACAAGCAUGACAAAAACAAAACCAGUUGUGGUGCACCGAUCAACAUAUACACAGACAGACGUAGCUGCGAAAGCACUGCAGGAACGGGGUUGUCAGACAGAGCCAUGGGAACUGCCAGUUGAAAGAAACGCCACUGUCAACACGAGCUGCACAACAGCCCCGACUCCCGCAAACUCAAACACAGGAAGCCAGCCUGCUGAAACUGAUGAUGAUGAUGAUGAAGAUGACGACGACUACAGUCCGUCACAGGAAGAGAGUAGUAGUGGGUGA